UUAUGUUUGCUUGCAAUGCUGAUAAUUCAUAAAAUAUGUGAUCGUUAAAAAAUAAACUAAUAAUAAAUUUACGAAAAAAAUGUUCUACGUAAAGUGCGUUGUGCUAGAUUGUGAUUGUGUUUGAAAUUUUGUUAUGGUGUUGUGUGUAUGUGAUUGAUGUAACAAACCAGUGUAUAGCAAGAUGGACGAAUUGUCUAAGGGCAUGACACAAACAGGAAGCGCCGCUACAACUGACAAAAUUCAAGAAAAUGAUGAUGGCGUAAAGCGUGAUUUGGGGCAUUCGUGCCAGUCAUGCUAGCGUUGGUAGAACAACUACGGUCCUACCUCGGUGGAGGGAGCUCGUCGAAUCCGGUAGUGUAUGUGAAUGGUUCAUGCUUGGAAUGCGAAAGGGUACGUGCCGCCUGUGAACGGCUCGGCAUCGUGGAGGUGGCACCGGAGCCCGAUGCAUUGCCGACACUGCUGCAACCGACUGCACCGCCAUGUUACCUCGUCACAUCUCCCUUCGAAGGCGAACUCUUCGACACAGCACACAGAGCCAAAUACAGAGUGUUGGGACCGACUGCAGUUCUGCAACUGGCGGAACGCGACGAGCCUCCUCCAGCAAAUGCACGGCCGCUCUACUCGUUGGCCAUGCGGGGCGCCGUCAUAUGUUUCUCCGGAUUUAGGAAAAAGGAUGAACUUACGUACCUGAUAACGUUAAUACACUACAUGGGCGGCUCGAUCCGUAAGGACAUGUCGAGCAAGGUGACGCACCUGAUCGCGGCCGCAGCUACGGGCGAGAAGUACAGGUACGCGUCCGGGUUCGGCCUGCCCGUGCUCGCGCGCUCCUGGGUCGACGCGUGCUGGGAACGGCGAGACGACCCCGCCUGUCUCGCGACCGACGAUGUCAUAAUUAAAGAACAUAAAUUGAAAGUUUUCGCCGGAGCGAGGGUGUGCUUCGUCGGCUUCCCGGAGGAUGAGACCCAACACAUGGGCGAGGUGCUCGCCAGCAACGGAGGCGCCGUCUGUCCACUCGACGAUCCGGACUGUACGCACGUCGUUAUGGCCAAUGGGGAGACUUUCGGUCGUUCGCUUAUCCUAUCGCCUCACCAGACCACUCCGAGCUCCUCUUCUAAACCAUCCCGAUCGACUCCCAAUCGUUCUCAGCCCACUCCAAAGACUUCGUUAUACCGUAGACUAUCGGCACGGCUGUCAGGAUGUCGCGCUAGUCCUGUCAAGCAUGCAGCCGAUACUAGCCAUGAAGUUCUCCACGAUGAAAAGGACAAACGCAUACAGCGAGCUUUAAGUGAAAUUCGAGAAAAACAAUACACAUCCAAAGAUAAAUUAGCUGAUAGUUUAGUAGGGAAAUCGUAUACAGACGAUUUUUAUUCUUAUAAAGAAGAAAAAAAUAGUUCACACGGUGAACGUAUAGAGUACCGAAAACAUAGUAAUGGCGGCAAAGAAAACAAAGAUUCCCAAACGAGCCACGGAUCUUUGAAAUGUAACGUAAAAGAUAAACGAGAAGUGUUUCGUAACAAAUCUAUGAAUGUAUUUAAUCUAGUCGAUUGUUUCAACGAAGUUGGCUCCCUCCAUUCUUCUCUCACUAAGAGCUUAUGUGAUCUUGAUACUAAAGGUGAAUUCUUGUUGCCGACCCCCACUCGAAAUAAAGAAUUGCAACAAUCUACGACCACUAUUUCAUCUGGUAAAAAAAGAAGUCGCAAUUCGACAGAUACAAAUUUUCAAGAAAGCACCGUCGAUGUGAAUUUAUCUCCCGAUAAAUGUGAUGAGAAUAAUUGUAAAUCCAUAAAAAGAUUGAAAAUUAAAGAUUCGUUCAAAUUUAAGACUAAACCAAUGAUUUUCAAAAAAUCUAAAAGGGAAUCUCUCACCAAACCCACAGGCGACAUAAUAGUGGAGCCAGUAAGUCCAGAAAGUGUUAAACCAACAGAUCCAGCUGGGGAAUUCAUCGCUUCUACCUCUUCUCCCAUCAGAUCGGAAGACGAUAACGCAUCUAUAUGCUCUAUGAAUACGAUUAAACAAUCGGGCUUUUUUGAUAUAUCGUUCGCAUCGUUAAGAAGUUCUAAAACAGCAAAGUCUGCUUCUAAAUUAAGACGAAGCGUCAAAUCAUUUACCGCGUCAUUUAGAAGUGAACGUAAAAAGAAAUACGAGAAGAGAGCCGAACGCAAUACAGUCGAAGUGGAUCCGUCUCACUUGCCUUCAAAUUUGAAAAAUGUUUCAACACCGAAAAGAGAACUGGACGAAAUGAAGUUUGAUAUUUCUCCCGUGCAAGUCGAUACAGUAGACAGUACUGAAAUGACUCCACCAGUCAAACGUGCAGAUCUUGAUGAACUGGAUGAUUCUGCUGUAUUCAAAACUCCUCAGAGUGUGUGGUUGCGCGCUCAGCGUCAUUCUAUUUGCGGCAGCAUAGAGUUGCGGAAAGCCGCAGGUCCCCCCUCCCCGAGCGUCCGUCCCUCUCCCACCCCCGCUUCCGUCCCCGCGCCCCCGUUCGUUCUCGAGCAGCCGCCGCCCGCCUCGACGCCUCCCAUCCAAGACGCCCGCGCCAUUUCGCAAUGCCAUGGAAUAUCGCUACCGGUGGUCGACGAACACAACACCGUGGUCGCUCCCGAGUGCUCAUCGCGUGUUCACGUCGUCAAGGCCGAAUGGUUUUGGGCAUCCGUGCAAAAUGAAGAGGCACAAGAUGAGGGAGAUUUUCUUUUCAAAGAUUACCUGGAGGAGAUGUCGCGGCGGUCGUCUAUAGGUGGUGCGGGCGCCGGUGUGGCGACGCCGGGCGCGGCGGGGGCGGCGGGCGGCGGGGAGGAGGCGGGCGGCGCGUGCACGCCCGCGCACCUACAGCGGCUGCGAAAACGGAAACUACGCGGUGGCGACUCCGCACUGCACAAACGUCGCUCCUCGGUGGGCGAUGCUGUGCUGCUCAACCUUUCUAGGACUCUGCUCGACUGUACAACUUCUCCUGAUGGAAAACCUAUCCUUGAAGAAUCCGAAGUUUCCGACAAUGUGGUCCGAAAAUUGAUGUCUCCGCGACAACAAGUCUUUAUGGAGUUGCUCCAGACAGAGUCGAAUUAUGUUGGAAUAUUACAUACAAUAGUUACGAUGUUCAAGCAACCCUUAGAAGAAAUGGCUGAAGAAGACAAUAGUAACGGGAAAAAUCAAGCACUGCUCAAUAAUACAGAACUAAAAAUAAUAUUUGGAAAUUUACCACCGAUCUAUGAACUUCAUCAGCGCAUGUUAGAAGAACUCCGGUACACGCAAGCACAUUGGAGCGAAGAGAAGAGCAUAGGUCAGCUCGUGCUGCAGUACACACCCGACAUGGUGAAGGCGUACCCACCGUUCGUCAACUUCUUCGAGAACACAAAAGAAAUGCUGCAACAAUGCGACCGUGAGAACCCAAGAUUUCAUGCAUUCCUGAAAAUAUGUCAAACAAAACCAGAGUGUGGUAGACAAAGUUUACAGGAGCUACUUAUAAGACCAGUGCAGCGAUUACCUAGCAUAAGCUUACUACUUGAUGAUAUACUGAAGCACACGCACAAGUCGAACCCGGACCACGCGGCGCUGACCAAGGCGCUGGCCGGGCUGCGCGAGGUCAUGUCGCACAUCAACGAGGACAAGCGCAAGACCGAGGGGCAGCUGCAGAUGUUCGACAUAUACAACGAGAUCGACCAGUGCCCGGCUCAUCUUGUUUCGUCGCAUCGGUCUUUCGUUUCGCGGUGCGAAGUCGUAGAACUAUCUAAAGAACUCUCAGGAAGAGGGGAUCACUUAGUAUUGUUUUUGUUUACGGAUACUAUGGAAGUUUGCAAGAAGAGGUCUAAAGCUUUCAAUAGCAAAAGUCCAACGAAUGGCACGGGCACCAUGAGGAUAGGGUCAAGCAAACCCUACAGACAUAUAUCCUUAAUGCCACUCAGUACUGUGAAGCGAGUUGUCGACAUUAGAGAAGCUGAAGAUUGUCACAAUGUGUUCGCAUUAAUGUGCCGGAAUAACCAAGAACUCAAGGAAAAGCUGUAUUCGUUUAUGAUUACUGAUGAAACGGUAGACAAGUCACAUUUCCUGAGGCAACUCUGCAGACAAAUGGCGAACACCGUUUGUAAGGCGGAUGCUGACAAAUUCCUGGCAUGCCUAGAGUCGCAUCAAAUGGACAUCGACACUAGUGACCUCGCCCUUAGCACUCUAUCCAAAGUCUCGAAAUUCGCAGCUAGAACCAGAAUAAAGCUGGAGGCGCUGGCGGGGCUGGGCGGGUGGCUGCGCUCGGAGCCGGCGGCCGGCCUGCUAGACACUUGGGUAUUGCGCGCUCACUUACUCGCACAGGUCGGGCGUGCUCUAUCGUUCAACAAGACCCCUUCGAAACUGAAGCGAGCCAUGUCGUCGAUGAUAUCGCCGUUCGGCUCGACGUCCAACCUGACGCCCGCGUCGCAGCUCGCGCAGAUGAGACUGGCCAGCUGCAACAACAUUAACGAGAUGGGCGGGUGCUCGGGCGGCGCGGCGGGCGCGUCGGGCGGCGUGCUGGUGGCGCCGCUGUCGGUGCAGCCCACGCGCAAGGCCGCGCCCGGCGCCGCGCACGCGCUGCGUCGGUUCUGACGCCUCGCCGCACGCCCGCCCGCCGCGACGCGAGCUGACUCAGUACGUUUGUGAUUCGGUGCCGAUCGGUCUAGAAUGUUCGUUAGUGGGACGGUGAAGCGUCGACGGGUCGGGUCGUCGAGCGCGCUGCCGGGAGUGCCUUCCGAGUCCUUUUGAGGAGCAAGUGAAUUUGAUUCGCGGGUUUGAAUAAUGUUAUUUAAAGUAUUAUUGUAUGUCGCCGCCGCCGACUAGUUUGAUUCGAAUAUUCGUGUAAUUAUAUUUCUGAACUUAUUAAAUGUUGUAAUUUAAAAAAAUAAAUAGUGUCGUAACUUAUGAAACCGCAAGACUCUGAUAUUAACAAAUGCUUCAAGAAGUCACACGUAAAUUAUUUUAUGCAAAUAUCCAAAUGUAAUAUAUUAGUAUGGCUCGACUCACAUUCGAGCAGUCCAUAGUUUAGGUGCUGAAUCAGAAUCUUGCGGUUAUGUGAACAUUUUAUCAUGUUCGUUCUUGUAAUAAAUUUUUUGGAUUAUUAAUGAAAUGGGUGACUUUCCCGGUAACCGGUUUGAAUAUCUUAAGUAUUUCGUGAGC